GUCCCGCCCCACCGGAAGCGGCGGCUCCUCCCCCUCCCCACCCGGGCAGCGUCGGGCGGAGCCGUUCAUUCGGCUGUCGGUGCAGCGCUGGUGCAGACUGGGUUCUUUUUCAAUCUCUUGGCUUUAGAGGCUUUUCUAAUUGAGCACGUUGUGUGAAAGAAAUGGCAGAGCAAGAGCCAACCGCAGAACAGCUGGCAGCAAUUGCUGCUGAGAAUCAGGAAGAAGAACCUGUAGUGAGUUACAAACCACCAGCACAGAAAACUCUUCAGGAGAUUGAAGAACUGGACAAAGAUGAUGAGAGCCUCAGGAAGUACAAAGAGGUACUGCUGGGAAACCGCUCUAAACCUGUUGACCCUAACGUUCCAAAUGUUCAGGUGAUCAGUUUAUCGUUGGUAUGUGCAUCUGCACCUCAUCCCUUAGUCCUGGAUUUAACAGGUGACCUUGAGAACUUUAAAAAGAAUCCUUUUGUACUGAAAGAGGGUGUUGAAUACAGGAUUAAAAUUUGCUUCAAGGUUAACAGAGAAAUAGUUUCUGGGCUGAAAUAUGUUCAGACAACGAUAAGGAAAGGAAUUAGAAUUGAUAAGGCUGACUACAUGGUGGGGAGCUAUGGACCACGUGACACCGAAUACGAGUUCCUCACGCCACAGGAAGAAGCACCCAAAGGCAUGAUGACCAGGGGCAGCUAUGUUGUCAAAUCUGUUUUCACUGAUGAUGACAAAGUCAUUCACCUCUCCUGGGAGUGGCAGCUCAACAUCAAGAAGGAUUGGAAAGAUUAAUCAAUGCAAGGCCAGCUGUAGUCCAUCCAAUAGAGGAAAAAAAAACAAAAAUACACCUCCUGUACCAAAGUUAGCUUUUUUUGAAAAGAAACAAAAUUGUAUUAGAUUUAUACUGCACAGCGAGAUCAUUGGCAAAAUAAAUCAAACCCUUUUUUUUUGGUAAGGCACAGGUCAGAUGCAUGGCUACAUGUUUCAUUCUCCUAUUCAUUUGUGAUUCUUCCCCUUUGUUCUGCCGACAGCCUCCUUUUGAGGGGGGUGAGGGGGCUGCAGUUUUUUUAGAAAGAGGAAGUGAUAUGUAAAUCAGGCUUAGCUUGAUGCCCCUCCUUGGGGUUUUGACCGUUUGUUUCAUUAGCACAGUGCUAAACUUGGAGAGCUACGUGAUCACAAUGUUUAAACUAGGCAGAAGAAUAUAAUAUAAAGCUUUAGAGGCAGUUCUUUCUGAGAUUUAAUCCUGUAAUUUUUAUUCUGUGUAACCAUGUUGCCUUAUGUAUGCUAAAGUUGUUUAUGGAAAUAAUCAAAGAAAAAAAAUCAUGAAUUUCUUAGUCGUCUUUUAUACCAGCAUGGAUUUAGAACCAAUUUGUUUUUUCCUGCCUGAAGACCUGUGGGUGCACAUCCACAAUAAAGCUAGUCUAAUCAGUGAUAAGUUUUCUGAAUGAAUACACUCGUUUUUAAAAAAAAAAGUGCUUGUACAAAAUUGAGUAUUGAAUGCGUACAGUUCAGAGGGAUUUUUUGUGCUGUCUUGGUAUGUUGUGGAAUUAUAUGGUGGGGAUCCUGUACUGAUUUGCAUGUAGCUGAUGCAAAAUGGAGCUAUCUGAACACUCUUUCAACAGUAGAUGGUGCUGGUAAAAUAUCGUUUAAAAAAUGCUUUUUUUUAAAACUUGAAUGUUGGAAAGAGAUGGCCUGAAUAAUGUUAUGCCUCUUUGUAUUUUGUGCCACACAUCAAUCUGCCUCAGAAUUUCAUCCCUGGAUUCUAUGCUCCAUUGUCCAGCUAAUUUUGACUAGUUCUGAGUUUUGAACAUGGCAUAUUUAAGAGUAUUCUAAGCAGCCAGCAUAUAUCAUUGGUAGCCAUUGCGGUUAGAACUGGGACCAAAAGUGAUUUUACCUGUUUGUCUUGCCAUAGUCCCUCUUUCCCCUAUUACAGCAAUGGAUUUUUUUGUGUUCUCUCCUGACUCCUGUGUGGACUGGACAUUAACAGAUGAAAGAACAAUACCAUCAUUUUCACAGCAAGUAUAAUAAAAUAUUCAGACUAAA